AUGAAGAGGGGCCUCCUCAGCUGCAGCACAGCCUUUGUCUCUGCUCUCUGCUUUGCUGCUGCGGGGGCCCCCCUCCCAUACCUGACGCCGUACUGCAACUUCCUGCAGCAGCAACAGCAGCAGCAGCAACAACAACAGCAGCAACAGCAGCAGCAACAACAACAACAGCAGCAGCUGUUGUCUCCCUCAUCUCCUCUAUCUCGUCUUCUCUAUCCUUUAUCUCUAAACUCUUCUGCUGCUGCUAAGUGCACAAUGGGGGCUCUUACAACAGCAGCAGCAGCAGGAGGAGCAGGUACUGCAACAGUGACUGCAACAUCACCUGAAAACCAGCAACAGCAGCAGCAGCAGCAGCAGCUGCUGCUGCGCCCCACAAAAGAACCCAAGGAGAAGAGGAGGGCCGACUAUAAACCAACAGAUUACCUCAUAGACUCUGUAGAUCUCUGCUUCCGCCUCGAUGCAGAAGCAACAAAAGUAAGGCAGCAGCAGCAGCAGCAGCAGCAACAGCAACAGCAGCAGCAACAGCAGUGGUAG